AGCCCGGAGUCGGCUGAGUUAGUUGUUCUGGCGGGUGCUCUCACGGUCCACUCAGCGAUGUCAUCAAGCAACCACAUAGCACUGGUGACCGGGGCCAACAAGGGCAUCGGCUUCGCCAUCACGCGUGACCUGUGUCGCAAGUUCUCGGGGGACGUGGUGCUCACCGCGCGGGACGAGGCGCGGGGCAAGGCUGCGGUGCAGCAGCUGCAGGCGGAGGGCCUGAGCCCCCGCUUUCACCAGCUGGACAUCGACGACCCGCAGAGCAUUCGCGCCCUGCGCGACUUUCUGCUCAAGGAGUACGGGGGACUGGACGUGCUGGUCAACAACGCGGGCAUUGUAUUUCAGUGCAUCGAUCCUACCCACUUCCACAUUCAAGCAGAAGCAGCAAUGAAAACAAACUUUUUUGGCACCCGGGCUGUUUGCUUGGAGAUACUCCCUCUAAUAAAACCCCAAGGCAGAGUGGUGAACAUAUCAAGCAUCAUAAGUCUUGACGCCCUGAAAAACUGCAGCCCGGAGCUGCAGCAGAAGUUCCGAAGUGAGGCCAUCACAGAGGAGGAGCUGGUGGGACUCAUGAACAAGUUUGUAGAAGACACAAAGAAAGGAGUUCAUGCGAAGGAAGGCUGGCCUAAUACUGCAUAUGGGGUGACCAAGCUUGGGGUGACAGUCCUGUCCAGAAUCCACGCCCGGAAACUCAGCGAGCAGAGGAGAGGGGACAAGAUCCUGCUCAAUGCCUGCUGUCCAGGGUGGGUGAGGACAGACAUGGCUGGGCCAAAAGCCCCCAAGAGCCCAGAAGAAGGAGCAGAGACCCCCGUGUACUUGGCCCUCUUACCCCCAGAUGCAGAGGGGCCUCACGGGCAGUUCGUUCAGGAGAAAAAAGUAGACCAAUGGUGAGCUCAACUCUCUCCUCUUCCCACAGCCCCGAUUUCAUACCCUGUCCUAAAGUGAAACCGAGCUCUAAUUCUAAUAUACGAAGUUUCGUGAUUUCCUCAAGGAGAUAAAUGAAAUUGUUGGAAAUAAAAAAGCACGAA